AUGCCUCUUCCCCUCGUACCCGAGGCUCCUGCUGCCGAGACUGCGCCCGCCCAGUCUGCGCCUAUCGUUGCUCCUGUUGUUGCCCCGGCUACUCCGACCGCUGCUGCCGUUCCCCUAGCUCCUCCUGUUGAGCCCUCGGUGUCCGCCCUGGCGACUGGUCUUGAUCCGCCUGUUCCUGUCCCUGCCGCACCUGUUGCACCGACUGCUGCUGUCCCCGCUUUGUCGGCGCUUGCCGCUGCUUUGUCAUCGCAGGAGGCGUCCGCCACCACUGGCAUCCCGGCUCUGCUGGUUGCGCCCUUGGCGCCUGCUGUGAUGCCGGUUGCCUCGGCGGGUCAGCCGUCGCGCCCCCCCUCGCCUGACCGCCGCUCGUCUCGCCCACAUUCUCCUGCGCUCCACCAGGAGCGGGCGUCGUCACGGCGUCGGCGUGAUUUUCCUGGGCGCUACCACCAGCAGUCUCACUGGCCUGCUCACUCCGGUGGCCAUGGGGGCUGGAGGGGUCCCCGUGGGCGUGGUGGUGGUGGGGCAUACCGCCCGCCCAUGACAAUGGCGGAUCUUCAGCGGGAGGUGUCGAGGGCCGUGCGCGAGGAGAGGGCGGCGCAGAGCCAGAGCAGUUCACUGCGGGCCGCGCCGGCGCAUGUGGCUCCUCGUCAGGCUGUGCUUCCCGUGGACCUUCCGCCGGCUGCUGCACUUCCUCCUCCUGUCCUUGCCCCAUCGGCUCCUGCUCCUGCUGCCUCAGCUGCUGCUCCUGGUUCUCGUCUUCGCCUGCCGCCCGUUCCGCCGGUGGCGGGUGUGGAAUUCGUUGCCGCCGGUAGCGGAGCGGUGGGGGCGCAGUACACUCCUUAUCUUGCUGCUGAUGAGCCGCUUCCAUUCUUGGCGGUGGCACUUCAGCCCCCGCAGACCCGUUUUCCUGAGGCGACGCUCGGCCAGCUGCACCUUCUUGCGGAGAGCCUUCACGCGCUGCUGUUGAUUCAGGUGAUGGCUCACUCGUCCCUCCAUGCGAUCCCUGCUGACACGUUUCAUGACCGGCCGCGCGAGACUUGCCUGGACGCGGCGGACCAGCUCGCACAGCUGCUGGUGCCCGCGUUGGCUGCGCCCGCAGAGGGUGGCGCUGCGGCUGUGGGACAGCUUGACGAGGCUCUGCUUCACGCCCUCCGCCUCGCGCUCCUCGGUCUCGCGAUGGUGAUUGCUGGUGUGACCGAUUACUCGCCAAUGCGCGCUGGCGCUGCGUCGGUUGCGUUCGGAAAGCCGUCGUCUGCCUCCGGAGCGGGGGCCAUGGCGACGGGGUACCCGCCGCCGUCUGCUCCGAAGCCCGCGACAGUAGACGCUGAAAAGACUCCUCCCCUCGUAUCCGGGGGUCCUCACGACGUGAACGAGGCUGCGCCGUCUGCGCCGGUUGUUGCUCCUCCCGCUCCGACUGUCGCUCCUGUUCCCCCUGCUCCCGUUGUGGCGCCGACGACGGUUGCUCCUGCUGGGGAGGUUGCUGUUCCCCCUGUCCCUGUCCCUGGCGCUCCUGGUGCACCUGUCGUUUCUGUCCCCGGCGAGCUUGCGCCGGCGUCUGCUUCUUCCCCGAAGGCGGCGUCCGCCACCACUGUCGGCCCGGUCCCGAUGGUUGCGCCUCCCGGUGCGAACCUGAUGGCUCCCGCUCUGCCGCCAGCAGUCCCUGUUGGUGAGCCGUCUCGUCCCCCGUCGCCUGACCGCCGUCUCUCCCGGCCCCAUUCUCCAGCGCCCCAACAGGAGCGCGAGACGUCGCGGCGCCGGCGCAACUCCCCUCGGUGCUACCAGCAGCAGGCCCAGUGGCCCGCUCACCCGGGUGGCAAUGGGGGCUGGAGGGGUCCCCACGGGCGUGGUGGCGGCGGGAGGUAUCGUCCGCCCGUGACAAUGGCGGAUCUUCAGUGGGAGGUGUCCCGGGCCGUGCGCGAGGAGAGGGCGGUGCAGAGCCAGAGCAGUUCGCUGCGGGCUGCGCCAGCGCCCGUGGCUCCUCGUGCGACUGUGCCUCCUGUGGUCCUUCCGCCGGCUGCUCCACUUCCUCCGCCUGUCCCCGCCCCGUCAGCUCCCUCUCCUUUUGUAGCGGCGCCAGCUCCCGGCUCUCGUCUGCAUCUGCCGCCGGUUCCGCCUGUUGCGGGGGUGGAGUUUGUGGCCGCGGGUGGUGGUGCGGCAGCGGCUCAGUAUGCAGCUGAUGAGCCGCUCCAGUUCCUGGCGGAGGCGCUUCAGCCUCCGCAAACGCGUGUUCCUGAGUCGACUCUCGGUCAGCUCCACCGCCUCGCAGAGAGUCUCCACGCGUUGUUGCUGAUACAAGUCCUUGCUCACGCCUCACUCCAUGUGGUCCCUCCUGAGACGUUCCGCGACCGUCCGCGCGAGACCUGCUUGGAUGCGGCGGACCAGCUCGCAGUGCUGCUGGCGCCCGUGCUGGCUGCGCCCGCGGAGGGUGGCGCUGCUGCUGCGGGACAGCUGGACGAGGCUGUCCGGAGCUUGAGGCGGCAUUUGCGCGCAGGAUCUGGAGCCGCGGCGAUCGGCGCAAGCACGCUAGUGGUCCGGGAGCUGUGGCGCUCCCUGACGGGCGUUCUUCACGCCCUUGGAGCUCACCGCAUGUAG